AGAAAAUGUCGAAAAUGUAACAAAGCAAUAAUUUUUACAACAAUUCCAAAAUAAUAAAUUACGAAACUGCCUCAAAACUUAAGAUAGAAAGACAAGGAUAUGUUGGUAACUUUUUUGUUUCGACGUUGGCAGCAUUGAAAUUCCAUGAUUAGACGGGCGAGUUGAAGGCUAUCUGCCUCAACAAAAACAUGAGUGCCAGAAUAUGUGAAAUUGCGAUUCCUUUUAACUUUUAUUUCUCAUGGAUUUAUAUUUAUGUAGUAGCGUGAUGUUCGAAAUAUAUUGUGGAUAGCUCUAUACUAAUAUUUAGAAUAAUGUUAGGACGUAAAGAUAUAUCCAAACAAAUAGAGGAGCCUCUCGCCUACAGAAGCUUCCAGCGUGAAAAUAAUUUUCAUAAAGCUUUAUCCAGAAGUGCAACUCUCAGAACAGCUCUUCGGCCUCUCUUUGAUGGAGACUACACUGAUGAAUCAUCAAAUCGCAUUGCACUCUGUUUUGAAAGCAGGACAUAUUGGAAUGUGGAUUUUCGAUUAAUAAUUUUGAUAACUCAAUAGUCCAUUUAUCAAUAAUAAUAAGCUAAAUUGUUUAUAAAGUUAUUUCAAUUUGAAUGUUUUAACAUUUGUGAUGUAUUGCUUUAAUUAAUCAAAUAGUCAGAACACAUGAUUGAAGGAACUGUGAUAUCUACAAAGAAGAUUUAUAGAAGAAAGAAGACUCAAGAAGAAAAUAGAGGAAGAAAAAAUGAAGAAAGGAAACCUACUGAAUAACAUAAGAUGCUCAUUUGAAAUAUAAUCAUCUUAUUCAUAUAAAAUAUAUUUAAAACUUUAUUAAUCAAUUGUGAUAUACAUAUAUAAUGAGAUGACUAAGAUGAAACAACACCUAUUAUAAUUUCCAGAUAUGUUAAGAACACUAGAAAUUUUAUCAAAGAGACCUCUGGAUUUGUUAGAGAGCUUAGGUUACAAAUCCUCUACUUGCAUAAUUUUAACAAGAAAGUUGCUGAGAACUCACCCAGAUAUCCUUUUACAUACGCCUUUGAACAACUGCUGCUUCAUUACAUCUUUCUUGAAUGCAAGGUACUGUACAAGCGCGACAAGUACCCACCAAAGGCAGAACAACAGGUAGAAGAUAGAAUUUUGAGACUUCUGCUGCACAUUUACAAUGCUUACAUCACAAAGCAUUUGGUGCCAGCAGAUAAGAUAUUUCAGGAGUCAGCAAAGGCUAUUAUUAACCUUUGUGUGAAGUUUAGGAAGUACUAUGAUGUAAAUCAUAUGGUUAUUGAAAAUAUUGUAGUGAAAUUGCUAAGGAGAAGUGGGCAGUUAGAUGAUGCACUUACCCUUACAAGUAAACACCUGCCUUGUUCUAUGGAUAGCUAUUUGAAGGAUAACAGUGCUAUUAAAAUUUUUGAAAAGAUUACUGCAAGUGACUAUGUUGGUAAUAGUUUUCACCCAGAUAAUCAGGUUGACCCAGUUAUGAAAGAAAAUAAUGAGAAUGUAGACCUUACACUGGACCUGGAGUUGAAACAGUUUGAUAAACAGAGUAAAGAAAGCAAAGGUAUUGUAACCAUUUGCCUGGAUGAUGACAGUGAUGUCGAAAUUGUCUAUGAGACUCCAAUUAAUGAACCUCACAGACAACGAAGGCAGGAUGGACCUAUUAAUACAAUAUCUUUUGUGGGUGGAGGUGAAGGCAGAAGAUCAGAAAAUGUUGAUUCAGCUGCAGUUCCGGAAGUAAUAAGCUCAAGACAAACCGGGUCGAAAACGAAAAGUGUUGUUGCGGAAGCUAACGUUACACUAGAAGCAAACAAUGACAAAAAAACUGAUUUAGAUACCACUGCAAAAGACUCUAUUACUGUGGAGAAUAUUGUUACACUCAAAGAACCACUAAAACAAAUUGUUAUAAGUGACGACCAGGAAAGUAACCGAACAGUUGUUCCACCAAAGGCUAAACACUCUGGCUGUAGACAGGAUGAAUCUAUUGAUACAAUAAUUCAAGAUGAAACACAGCAUAUCACAUCUUGUGAGUCUAAAGAGGAGCAAAGGAUACCUUUUGAGGAUGGAGGUACAGGCAGAUCAGAAAAUGUUGAUUCAGCUGCAGUUCAGGAAGUAAUAAGCUCAAGACAAACCGGGUCGAAAACGAAAAGUGGUCUUGAUGAAACUAAAGUUACAAUAGAAGCAAAAAUUGACAAAAAACCCGAUUUAGAUACUACUGCAAAAGACUCUACUACUGUGGAGAAUGAUGUUACACUAAAAGAAUCACUAACAAAAAUUGUUAUAAGUGACCACCAGGAAAGAAACCGAACAGAUGUUCCACCAGAGGCUAAACACUCUGACUGUAGACAGGAUGAAUCUAUUGAUACAAUAAUUCAAGAUGAAACACAGCAUAUCACAUCUUGUGAGUCUAAAGAGGAGCAAAGGAUACCUUUUGAGGAUGGAGGUACAGGUAGAUCAGAAAAUGUUGAUUCAGCUGCAGUUCAGGAAGUAAUAAGCUCAAGACAAACCGGGUCGAAAACGAAAAGUGUUAUUGAUGAAACUAAAGUUACAAUAGAAGCAAAAAUUGACAAAAAACCCGAUUUAGAUACCACUGCAAAAGACUCUACUACUGUGGAGAAUGAUGUUACACUCAAAGAAUCACUAAAACAAAUUGUUAAAAGUGACGACCAGGAAAGUAACCGAACUGUUGUUCCACCAAAGGCUAAACACUCUGGCUGUAGACAGGAUGAAUCUAUUGAUACAAUAAUUCAAGAUGAAACGCAGCAUAUCACAUCUUGUGAGUCUAAAGAGGAGCAAAGAAUACCUUUUGAGGAUGGAGGUACAGGCAGAUCAGAAAAUGUUGAUACAGCUGCAGUUCAGGAAGUAAUAAGCUCAAGACAAACCGGGUCGAAAACGAAAAGUGUUCUUGAUGAAACUAAAGUUACAAUAGAAGCAAAAAUUGACAAAAAACCCGAUUUAGAUACCACUGCAAAAGACUCUACUACUGUGGAGAAUGAUGUUACACUCAAAGAAUCACUAAAGCAAAUUGUUAAAAGUGACGACCAGGAAAGUAACCGAACAGUUGUUCCACCAAAGGCUAAACACUCUGGCUGUAGACAGGAUGAAUCUAUUGAUACAAUAAUUCAAGAUGAAACACAGCAUAUCACAUCUUGUGAGUCUAAAGAGGAGCAAAGGAUACCUUUUGAGGAUGGAGGUACAGGCAGAUCAGAAAAUGUUGAUUCAGCUGCAGUUCAGGAAGUAAUAAGCUCAAGACAAACCGGGUCGAAAACGAAAAGUGUUCUUGAUGAAACUAAAGUUACAAUAGAAGCAAAAAUUGACAAAAAACCCGAUUUAGAUACCACUGCAAAAGACUGUACUACUGUGGAGAAUGAUGUUACACUAAAAGAAUCACUAACAAAAAUUGUUAUAAGUGACCACCAGGAAAGGAACCGAACAGAUGUUCCACCAGAGGCUAAACACUCUGACUGUAGACAGGAUGAAUCUAUUGAUACAAUAAUUCAAGAUGAAACACAGCAUACCACAUCUUGUGCGUCUAAAGAGGAUUUUGAAACAGCCAAAAUUUUAAAUGAAUUGGAAUCAACGAUAAUAAGCCUUAACACGCCUCGCCCAAAUAGUGGUGAUUCUCUAAGCACCAAAAUUGUACAGGUUUGUAGAAAUCCAGAGGAGGGAACAUUAAAGAGCAGUGAUGAGGUAGCAUACAGCAUAACUCUGUCUAACACAGAAGACUUCACUGGUAUUAACACUCAGAUACCUAUGGCGAAUAGUCCCGUAACAAAUAAACUCAAUGAGUGUUCACAUGAUUCAUUAGCAUCAGUUAGCAAUGAAGUUGAAUUAGUUGACCAGGCGGAUUUUGACACUGCUUCAAAAAGUAAUUCUGAUGUGCAUGAAGCAAAAAUUGAUGAAAAAUCCGAUUCAGAUACCCAUACAAAAGACUUUACUUCCGAGGAGAACGAUGUGACACAAAAAGAGUCACUAAAAGAAAUUAUUAUAUACGACCAGGACGAUAACAGAAAAGAUGUUCCACCAGAGGCUAUACAUUCUGACUCUAGACAGGAUGAAUCUACUAAUAGAAUAAUUCAAGAUGAACCACAAUAUAUCACAUCUUGCGAGUCAAAGGAGGAGCAAAGGAUAUCUUCUGAGGAUGGAGGUGAAGGCGGGAAAUCAGAAAAUGUUGAUUCAGCUGCAGUUCAGGAAGUAAUAAACUCAAGACAAACCGGGUCGAAAACGAACAGUGAAUUGAACGAAGUAUCUGAAGCUAACUUUUCACUAGAAGCAAAACUUGUCAAAAGACCCGAUUUACAUACCUCUGUAAAAGACUCUACUACUGUGAAUGAUAUUACACAAAAAGAAUCGCUAAAACAAAUUGUUAUAGGUGACGACCAGGAAAGCAACCGAAUAGAUGUUCCACCAGAGGCUAAACGUUCUAGACAGGAUAAGUCUAUUAAUACAAUAAUUUUACAUAAAACACCGCAUAUCACAUCCUGUGAGUCUGAGGAGGAGCAAAGGAUACCUUUUAAGGAUGGGAAUGACAGUGGAAGAUCAGAAAAUGGAGAUUCAGCAGCAGUUGUUCAGGAAAUAAUAAUACAAACCAGAUCGAAUACAAAAAGUGCGGUUGCAGAAGCUAACAUUUCUCUUGAAAACAAUGAUGUAGAGGAGAUUGUAGUUGAAGAAUCUAGGCAAAGGAAAGACACAGAUAGAGAUGUUAUUGAAGAUUGCAAGGGAGACAAAUUUUGUGAAGAAAGUGCCAGUACAGUCCAGAUAACAACCAGAUCAAGAUCUAAGCACAUUGUUGAGAAAUCUUUAGAAGAUAGCAAUAUUGAAAAUUGCGAAUCCGCAACAGCCGAGAAAAAAAUAGACCAAGAAGGUUUAAAAGGGAAGCAUAAAGUUGUCAGUGAAAAUCCUGAUGCGACAAAAAUUUUAAAAAAGUGUCAAGAAGCUUCUGGGGACACCCAGAUGACAAGAUCUAAUGAUACAGUUGCUGAGAGAUUGGAUAUUCCACUUAAACAAACAUGUGUUUCAACUCGUAGAACGACAAGAAGUCAAACAAGAAGUAUUUCUCUUAAAAACUGUCAAGCUGUAAAUAAUAAAGGAGCUGUCACUGAUGCUCCUGGAAACAACAAUAAAUUAGAACUGGGUGAUGACGCCAUUACCGAAAUCUCUGAUAUUCCAGAUCAAAAAGAAACUUCAGAUUCAGUUCUUAAAAAUAACAACAAAUUUCAACAAGUUUCGAGUGACCUAGACAAUCAAGAAGCAGUUAUUAAUGGUGACUCGCAUGAAAUUGGGAUCAAGCAGCUAUCUCAAAUUCCGAUGGAAUCUGUUGGUGAUUCUCCAACUGAAUCUGAAAGGUCAGAAUUGAUAACUCAGUCUGAUAUUGCUAGUGAAAAACUCAUUAAUGACAUAUCUGAAUGUGAGCCAAUAACUGCUAAAGACACCCAAGAGAAAACCAUCAAGAUAGUGGUUCACUCAGUCAUAGUUCUUGCUUCACCGAAAAAACAAAAUGCUUUCGAGACUCAGUCAUUCUCCAGAAAGACCAAAGAACUUACAUUUGAUAUCAAAGAUCCAACAGUUAAAGUGGGUGAUUCAGAAAACGUUAAAGACUUGGAAAGUUCCGUCACUUCACAAAUUGGGACUGACAAUAUAGUCGGUGGAGCAGCUAGUCAGUUAACUGUUGCCAAGGAAGAACUACCUCAGGAGGAUAAUAAUACAGACCUUCAGAAGACGCCAAUGCAGAAGUUACAGUUGGUCGUAAAAUUAGAACGCUCAAAAAUCUUAAACAUUGGAAAUAAUAAGGGCUUGAAGGAUGGUUAUGUUAAAGACGUUAAUGUGGAGUGCAGUGCCAAAAACCUGGACUCCAAAAUAGAUAUUUCUAGUGAUAGUUAUCGAAGACCUAUUAUUGAUGAAAGUGCAGUAUCAAAUGAAAAAUCGAUUGAGCCGGAAAGUACUAGUGGAAAGAUUCUAGAUGCGGAAGAUUCAAGCCCAACUGAAAUAUCGAAAUUCCCUGCUUUUGAAACAGAUAAAUAUAUUAAUCUUGAGACAAGGACUAACGAUGAUACCCUAGAACGUCCUCAUCAUAUUGAAGAAAAUACCCAAGCUUCUGAAACAGAAAAAUUCAUCACCCGUGAGACAAAAACUAAUGAUGAAACUCAGAAAGGUUUUGGUGAUAAUACCUCUGUUGAAAAAUUAGAUAUCAAGGGAGAUAGUACAAAACAUGAAAUAGGAAAUAUUGUUCACGUAGAAAAUGUAUCACAAUGUUUGAUCGAAAAUCAGAUUGAAAUUUGUCAAACUGAUGUAGUAAAUAAUCCGAGGUAUUCAGCGGACGAAGAAAAAUAUUUUGAGGCAACAGUAUUUGAGACUGAAGAACUUCUGGAAGUAGUUGUGGAUAAUUCGGAGUCUGGAACAGAAAAAAGUUACGAUUCAGACGUUCAUUUGGGGGAUGCACUAAUUUACGAAAACGUUUCUGAUGUUUCUGUGGAAAGAGAUAUCACUACAGAAACUGUAUCUGAGGAGACAAUUUCAGAUGGAAUACCUAGCAGUCGUACGGAAAUUGUAGACGAUCUGAACGUCCACAAUGAAGAAAUUGUUCCCUAUCAUAUUCCGGAUGCUAGUAUGUUGGAUCAUGUAGCAGUACUUCAGCAAGAACAACAACCUGAGAAGAAAAGAGGUAGGAAGAAGAAGGUGGUAGGGGAGCAAAAUACUCAGUCAAAGAGAAGAUCAAAAAAGGUAUUGUUGAACGAGGAAGGUGUUGAAUAUAAACGAGUUACUCGUAAUGCGACUCACAUUUCAUCUGUAGCAAACUUUAAACCAGAUGAUUUCUUAUCACAAAAAAAAAAAUUUAGUCUACCAACAAACAAUGUAUACGAACAUAAAAUAGCUGAAGUUAAUAUUACCAGUGAAGAAAGUAAUGACAGUGAAAGGAAUAACUUACUGAUAGACGAAGGUAUCGAUACGAAAGAUUAUCUUGCGCUUAAUAAUGCUGAAGUGAUUCCUGAAAAAGAUCCUCUUUCAAUAUACGACGAAGAUACCUUAGACGAAAAACUGAGCAUUCCCGAUGCAUAUGAUGCAGUAGAUGAAUAUAGGUUUGAUUCUUCUAUAUUUGGAACUAUUUUAGCUGAUGAUACGGUUAUAAAUGAAAUUUUUUAUGACAGAACGGAUGCAGGGGUGCGUGAUACUGAGAAUGACUUAGACCAAAUCCCCUUAACUGAAAGUUUGCAGUCAGCAGAAAUCCCGAAGGAACUUCAAAAUGAAAAUGAAGAAAAUUCCUUAAUUCAACCAGAUAUUGCAAAGACAUUGAAUCCUUUACAAACUGCACCAAAAAAGAAAAUUAUGAACCAGUAUAAGCAAGACCCAAACCUAAUGGAAACUCUGAAUCAGACAUCACCUGAGGAUAGUUCCCACAAGAAAUAUUACACAACACCGAAACUCAGAAGAAAAUCCAAAAUACUCUUGAACUGUAAAAGUACUGUAUACCCCACUGUAGAGAAACUAAAGAAAAAACUGGAACAUGACGUUGAGUCCUUCAAAGAGGCUGGGUGCAUAAAAAAAUCAUUGGAACUUCAUGGAGAAGCUGACAAGAUUGAUGAGGCAAAAGUUUCGCCAGAAGAAAUUGAUAGAAUAAUUCAGAAGUAUAAGUCAUCAAGGAUGGGUGUUCAAAUCUCCAGUGAAGGAGAUUCGAGGAACCUUGACAACAAGGUACAAACAUCACAAAAAUCUGAUAGAUUAAUCGCAAUAGGGGACAUCGACUUGAAAGGCACGCAAACUGAGCAAACAGCUGCUACUUCCAGAAAACGAGGGAGGGCACUAACUUAUGAGGACAAAUACAAGCCUGAAGACUUUGAGCAAAAUAUAUUGAUUGAAGAGGAUUCAUCGACUGAAGUUGGAAGUGAUAUUCAGAAUAAAAACCAGCAAGGCUUACUAAAGGAAAUUCGCACGGAUAAAAACAGAGCAGGACAUAAAAAAUCCAAAAUCAGAAGUGAGUCCAGAUCAAAAAUUAAAUCUGUUGAUAAAGUAGAUGUUCUGGAAGAAGUAGAAAAAGAAAGCAACAUUAAUAAAAUAGAACAACAGAAGGCAUUAGUGGCAUCAGAACACCCCGAGCAAAACAAAGUAAAAGUGAAACGUGGAAUCAAAGAGCCGAAUUCAAAAAUUAAAUCUGAAAAAAGUGAUCCAGAUAAGGGUGAUUUACAUCAUAUACAAAAACAGAACGACGCUACUAAUUUGCUCGCAGGGAAAUUCAAUGUUGGGCCACCUGGAAGUGAUAUUCAGAAUAAAAACCAAUUAAGCCAACAAGGCUCACGAAAGGUAAUUCUCACGCAUAAAAAUAAAACAGAACAUAAACAAUCCAAAAUCAGAAAUGAAUGCAGGUCAAAAAGUAAAUCCGUUGAUACAGCAGAGGUUCUGGAAGCAACAGAAAAAGAAAACAACAUUAAUAAAAUAGAACAGAAAGCAAAUGUGCCAUCAGAACACCCUGAGCAAAAGAAAGGAAAAGGAAAACGUGGAAUAAAAGAGUCGAAUUCAGAAAUUAAAUAUGAGAAAAGUGAUCGAGAUAAGCGUGAUAUACUUCAUAUACCAAAACAGAACAACGCUACUAAUUUGCUCGAAGGGGAUUUGGUUCAAAGGAAGCACGAUACAGCAAAAAUGGAACAAAAAGUAGGUGGAACUUCUGCAAAAUCAGAAUAUGCCGAGGAAAAACCAAAAGAUGAUGAAUGCAAAAUCAGCAAAGAAUCGAUGAAUAAAUCUUUCGAAAAAUAUGACAAAUCGCGAAGCAUAGUAAAUGAUAGAAAAGAAAAAGCCGUCGCGGAUAAAGAACAUGCUGAUAUUUCCGAAGAAAGAAUGAAUGUUGAUAAGUCAAAGCUCAGGAGGUCUAGGCCUAAAAGUAUAGUUGAAAGGGAUCAUGAUGGAAGGGAAAUUAAGUCUGGAAUUAAGAAAAAUGAGACAGAGAGCGCUUUGAAACAAGCAUUUCAAAAAUCGAAAAGCGGCAUGAUUUUAGACGAUGAAAAGAACGUCAAUGGUAGUAUGAAUUUAUCAAAAGAUAAAUUGUGCAUACCAGUAAAAUGUAUAACUACCGACAUUGUAUCAGAUGCAAUUGAGCCAAGACUUGGAAGGCCUGAAUCAAAGAAUGGGAUUGUUGAAAUAAAUGAUGUGAGUAAAGGUUCAGUUGAAAAAAAGCAAGGCACUGAUUUAGAAAAACCACAAGAAAUAAAUAAAGUUGCGAUUAAGGCACAGACGACAGAAGAUUCAGAUCACUUACAAAAUUGUAAGAUGUUAUCAAAACACGCAGGGAGUGAAACUAUAGAUAGUGUAGCAAAAAGUACAGUACAAUCGGAACAAGAAACUGAAUUUGAGUGUAACCAAACUACUUCGGAUAUUGCUGAGAUCCAGCAUCUGCAAAGAGAGGGCAGGACAGAACAUGGUUCAAAUAAAUCUAAUUCAAUGAUACAUACAGAUGAUCCGAAGAAAAAAUAUUCAGGAGAAAAAACUAGAAAAGAUAAUAAUAAUGAAGAAGUCAGUAAAGAUGAAGUAUCAGCUUUACCUGUUGUAGAUUCUGCAAGGUCCACAAGCGAAUCGAUAAAGCCAGUGCCCGAUUUGGCAAAUAGAACUGUCAAACGGUGUAGACGGAAAUAUCUCAUCACUCAAAUUAUCAAUCAAGAUGAACAUAUAAAAUCUGAAGAUGUUAAUAUACAAAAAGAAGACAAGGCAAUGGAUUUAUCCAUGAAGUCAAACACAAACGAAUUAUCAGGUCUUGGCGUGCCAUUACAGGAAGUGAACAGGUAUGAGACUGGAGAAGUUUCUUUGUUGGAUCAAAGUUGCAAAGAAAAUGAACAUCAAGGUGAAGCUGAAGCGUUGCCAAUAGAAAUUCUGUCAGAAGAAAUUGAAAAUUUACGGAAAACAAAAUUAGAAAAAGAAAUAAAUGAUGAUUGUUCAUCGGCGAAAAGAGCAAGGCUAGAUGAAUCGCUAGCUAAAGCAGCAUCAAAAUCUUCACCUAAAAAAGAGAGAAAAACAGAUGAGACAAUCGUAAACCUUUUGAGUGGAAUAAGGGAUGCGCCAAUGGAUAGUGACAUUUCUUUAAAAACUGUUACAGAAGCCGUAGAGAUAACACCAGAAAUGCAGAAAGAUUAUCACUCUUCUUUGGAUCCAACUAUGACUACAUUACCCAAGGAUCAAUCAGAUAGUCUUGAAAAUAUCACUAAAGCAGAAAUUGAGCCUCAUAACACACCUGAAAAUGAUUCGAUGAUAUCUCAGAGUGAUAACAUCGCAGUGGUAUCUCCUGUUAAUGAUAUACAGAACACAGAUAUAUCAAAUGAAAGUGUCACUACUAUCGAUGAAGUUGUCAAGUCGCCUGAAGCUGAGCAUCUAGGGUCCGAUCUGGUCGUUUUUGUUGAAAAGGAUGAUUCAAAUGUACUUAUUGGCAAUUGUGUAUCUGUUGUUGAGUCCUCUGCGGAUACUAGGCCUGAUGAAGAAAAAUUAGAAGUGCCUGCGCACGUCGCAGAAUCAGUUUUGUUAUUAUCUGAUGAAAAACCUUGUAGCGUACAGCAUCAUGUUCAAGCAAUUGAUGACACUGUGGAAAAAAGUGAAGCUGAACCUGUAGCCCCUGAAUUGGAUGAUGAAAAUAAACACGCAAGGUCUAAAAUUCUUGUUGAUCAAAACACAUCUGCUACCAUUGUGAAUCCCAACAUCGAAAGGAUAAAUUCAGUUGAAGAAAUGACUGGAGCUACAGGUCUGGUUGAUGUUCCAAUAGGAAAAUCAGACCUGGAGAUUACUAUAGAGCAAGGUGAUGACCACAAAGCCUCAGACUCUUUUCCAGAGAUAGUGAAAAAUGUAAUUGUUACGCCAUAUAAUGAUGAGGUGAUCAAUAAUGAUAAAAGUCAAGAUGCGCUUGCUGCACCACUGCAUGCAAUUGAAAUAAUAUUUGAUGUAACAAAAUCAGUUUCUGAAUCAAUCCAACCUGUUCACCAAAAUAAUUUGACAACAAGCUUUGAAAAAAUUGAUGAGACUUCACUGUGCAAACCUGACGAACAUAUGGAUGAAAUCAUUUCUGAAGUUCCAUCAAACUUAGAUGCUAUGCAAUCUGGAGAUAUAGCACCUGAGCCUCAAACUGUCGACUUUAUAGUCGAGGAUACUGUCAAGACAAUAAUAGCAACUGAUGUAUUACCUCAAAUAAACAAAACUACAGAUAUAAUCCCGCAUGUCAAAGAAAAUAGCACAUCAUGCGAUACAUUUGAAGCCGAAUCGGCAGACGCAAAGGAGCUUGGCGUAACUGUACCUUCUACAGAUAUCACUGUUCAUGCUACGGAAGAAAAUGGGGAUACUCUUACAUCGAAAAUGAACACCAAUGAAGUUAACACAUCUACCUCACAUUCUAAGGCUGGAAAGCUCAAUGAUAAGCUUGAUUCUGGAAGAGUACUUACAAAAACUAACAAAGAAGAUGAAAUGUUUGGAAAAGAAGCACUAAGUCUGCCUACGACUGUAUCUCAAAUAAUAUCCGAACACCAGCCAUCGUCUCAAAUACAAGCGUUGACGACCGAUCCUAAAACUGCUGACGAGCAAACUAAAGCAGUGCCUGUCGUUGAGGCAGAGGUUUCGUACUUCUCAGAAUCCACAAUAGCUGAGCAGUUGAUGGAAUUGAACAAAGAUGUACUAUCAUCCACUGCGGAAGGUCUGCAGUUCGAGGUAACAAUAACGACUCAUUCUCCUGGAAAAAGCGAGAGUGACGACCACUGCAUCCUGAACAUUAAGGACGAACUGGACAUCGGUGAAGUCGAGGAGUUGAAGGACCAUAACGAUUCAUCCUCGUCUCAAAGCUACUUAGGAGAUACUAAAUUCAUAAAUUAUUAUAUCAUUGAGGAUCUACUAAGAGAUGCCGAAGAAAGCAAAGGUGAUGAAGGAGCCAAUGACCACAACUAUUAUAAUGCGGGUGAUCCAUUGUUCAGCGGAAAAUCGCAGGAAAACUCCAUCAUCCCCGAUAUAAACAAACCAAGCCAAACCGAUUCUAAUAGCUUUCCACAGCAGACGAUGGACUUCGGCGACUUCGAGAACAAUGAUCAACUGGGCGACGCCAAUGAGUACGCAGUCAAUAAUCUUCUCUUGCUGGUAGGUCAGACUACUUCUGUCACGAAUCCUUACCAUGUCGGAAGAAUCGGACUAACUGACAUAAAAUCCAUGGAUUUGAUGGAAGAAAGUGCAGUCAACAAGGUUCCUAACAAGAGUUCUGACUUUUCCAGUGGUAGAGAGAGUUGUAUACAAUGUAAGAACGAGGAGAACCCAAACCAGUUGGAUACACACGUGGAAGCUAAUCCAAAAGUGGUAGUCGUUCCUAACGAACGUUUAAGUCCAACGUUCAACUCAGCCACUAACGAUACAAUCGUGCCGUUUGCGCAACGUACCGUAGAAAACUCUCCAUCGUCUAUAUCUCCAGAACCUGAACCGUCUGCCAAUUUUCCAUCUACCGAGGAGAGCGACAGUGAAAAAUGUACUAGAACCGCGACAACUCCAAGGAUAUCAGAAAAACGUACCGCUAAACCUGCCGUGUCACUCACGACCCCUACAAGAAAAAACAGUAGGACCCCUGUUGUCGCUCCAAAGAAGAAACAUCCCUCUCAUAAGGUUGAAGAAACUAAAGACACUAAAAACGAGCUCAAAAGACCUGCUGAAGAUAUUUUGCCACCACCUUCCAAGAUCGCAAAAUUAAUUGAGACAAGUGAAAAGAAAACGCCAAAAGGCAAAAAUAGCGUUCCAAUGCCAGAACAUAAAAGCGAAUCUUCUUCAAGCCAAGAAUCUGCAGCUCUUGGACACACUGACAAGCCGUUAGUCAACAGUACUCCCAAUAAUUCGGAUUCUGUUGUUUAUGAGUUGAUGUAUGACGUUAUCAAACAACGGAAGAGGAAAUCAAGGUUUAACAUUACAGAAAAAGAAGCGCCUCAGCCUCAAACCAAACCACGAAAGUCUACGUGUAGUUCAGCGUCUGGAAAGCGAUUUCCUUUGGACGUAGUGUCUGAACCUUUGAAGCCAAAAGGAUCCGAAACCCUGAAACAUGUAGAGGUAACUCCGAAUAUGACAGAUAAUCUGUUGAAGCUUAAAUCAGUCCCAAGGCCUAUCAAGAACCUUGUGGAGGCCAAGCGAAAGUCGUCCAAAAAAAGGACUAGUAAGAGAACCAGUUCGAAGCGAAGUGUCUCGAACAAACAUGCUAGUAGAGAUGACAGUUCAGAUUCGUCUAGUGGAUCUAGUGGAAGAGAAGAUCGUGAGAAAAGGCAAAUCUUAAACAACGAUCUCUUUAAUGAGCUGGUGCAACAGGGUAACGUCAACCAGAAUAUUUCACUCAUUACACAAGACAACAAAUUGAAAACUAAGGUGAAGUCUUCAGCAGAAUCGCUUCCGAGCAGUCGUACCAGUGAGCGAGGCGAUUCGAAAAUACCGGCAAAGGAGCAGUUGAUAAGGGACAGAGAGAGUCAUAGGUCGAACGAACGGCCUCGGAGCUGUCACGAAUAUCCAUACAAUAACGGGGACUCCAUGGACUCACGAUCGACAUCCAGUUCCAAGUCUUACAAGAAGAGGUGCUCUACUGCACCUCACAGCCAAAGUUUCUAUCCUUACAAUGGAUCCGGUUACAAAUCGACCGACUAUGAACGUCAAGAAAGACCUAACAAGACCUUUGAUGAAGAAUCACUGAAAAAGUUAGCCCUCUUAAGGAAGAAAUAUGAAAAGGAGAAACAUGCUCAGCAAGGGUCUAGCAGUAGUGGCGCUUCUGAAUGGUACAGUGAUUUUUACAAAUUUUUUGGAGAAGCCACGCCGUUUCAACAGAAUGUUCCUCCGAGAACGUCUAGACGAGAAGCCAAAUAGGGUCUACAGACUACAGAAUACGAUAAUAUUCUGCGACAACUUUUUGUAUGCCAUUGUGCUAAUGUAAAUACGUUCUCAUCGAUUUAUUAUUUGUCUUUAUAUUAUUUAUAUAAUAUUUUACAUAAUUUUUAUUUAAAAUUAAGAAUAAGCAAAAUCGUGAUCAGUAAUUUUUUAAAGAAAAUGAAGUGAUUGUGUAGAAACUUAUAUAUGAUGUUUGUAUAAUUAUAUGAUUACUUUUUUGUAUUAAUUUAUUAUUUUUUUUCUGAAUUCUAAAAGAACUGUAUCAAAUACUAUUUGUACAUAAUAAUG